GCCUCAAGAAGGAGCUGGCUUCGCGUGGCUCCGUUCGAAAUCGAACGUUUCGCCACCGUGCUCCUUGGCCUUUCCAAGAAUUCCACCAACUUCGUCAAUCCUUCUACUGCCCAUCUUGCUCUUCUUCCUUUAUAUCUUUUGUGCAUCAAUUCACGCUCGAAGAUCAGCUCCUCAACGCCUGACAAUGUUUUCACAAGCUCUACUCGUCUCUCCUCUCACGAUAGCUAUCUCCGCACUAGCGUUUGGGACACUACAGAUCUCUGCAGAAGGCCAGCCUGUCAACUUCCAUCUAUCGGAGAGACUAGGUGUCCCAUCGCAAGGAUUCGAGCAUCAUCGACUUCUCUCCAGAAGAGGGUUGUUCGGUCAAGCCGAGGCAGCCCUGGAGCACGCGCAGGCAAGCCGGUCACUAUGGGACGCAGACCUCGUACAAGCUACAAAGCCGACCGCUCGCCGCGGUGCAUUCUUGCAUCCUGUGACGGUUUUCCGCGGUACGAACGUCUGGCCGGAACGACUUAUAAAUCACUCGCCCCACGACUCGGCCUUUCGCUCGCCGCAGAGCGUGCUGGAUCGGUCUGGUAGCGCAACCCCCACAAAACAAGCUGUCAAGUCUGAAGCUAACGAGAGCGUGCAAUUGACUCGACCCCAGGUGUCUAGGCCAUCGAGCCCUUCGCAAGCGGGGCCGCGCUACCGCGCGCUGCCAUACGCGCACCGACUUUCGGCGCUUACGGGGGGAAGUCCGGCGGUGCUCCCUGGCACACCGCCUCUGCAGGCUUCGAACAAUUUCCAAGCCAAAUACAUCGAAGCGAUUCGUCACGCUCAGCGCAAAUACGUGGAAUCUCUUGAGCGGGCUGUCAAACCGGAACCAAAGAGCAAGGAGCCGGCGAAGAAAGAGAGGGCGGCCGUGCCGAAGCCCGCACCGAGACGAGGCGCACCGCUCAGGUAUCCCGACAGGAAAUUGUGGGACUUGAGUCGACCUGAGACGAGCGGCACAACAAGUCGAGCCAAGAGCAAAGCGCCGCGCGGUACGAGCCAUACACAAAAUGAUCUCGAUGAUGCGAGUGCUGAGGGCAGGCCGCUUCGCGGCAGCUUGGCUAGUAUCGCAGCGCAAGAUCGCAAGAGACGAACGCUUGAGCUGUUCCCUCAAGGCGGCAGCGUAAGGGAAAGCGGAAGCUCAAGACGACAGCCGGCCUCGUUGGAGCUUCUUGGUGCACGACCUCAUCGAGGUCUCCAGUCGGAACCAGCGACCGAGGGACCUAAGAAGGGAGGAGAGAAGCUGUCGUUGGAGCUGACGCUAGGCCGACCGUCUUGAAUGCUCGCGU